AUGAAUACCCAGAGCCCUCAUGCCCAGUUUAGGCCGUUGGUUAUGGUCAUCUCCUUCCUGUGUACCAUGGCCUUGGGUGAGGACACCUGCCCAGAGGUGAAGGUGGUGGGCCUGGAGGGCUCUGACAAGCUCACCAUUCUCCGAGGCUGCCCAGGGCUGCCUGGGGCCCCAGGGCCCAAGGGAGACCCAGGAAUCAAUGGAGAGAGAGGAGAACCAGGUGUCCCUGGAGCCCCUGGGAAGGAUGGACCACCGGGACCCAAAGGUAAGAGUGAACAGAUGCUGAGAGAACCUUCCAGACCUGGACCAAGAGGAGAACCUGAGGAGGCUCGGUCCUGUCUGACAGGCCCACGGACCUGUAAGGACCUUCUCGAUCGGGGGCACUCCCUGAGCCACUGGUAUACCAUCUACCUGCCUGACUGCCGACCCCUGAGGGUGCUCUGUGACAUGGACACGGACGGAGGGGGCUGGACCGUGUUCCAGCGACGGGCCGAUGGCUCCGUGGACUUCUACCGCGACUGGGCCGCGUACAAGCAGGGCUUCGGCAGCCAGCUGGGCGAGUUCUGGCUGGGGAACGACCACAUCCACGCCCUGACCUUCGAAGGGACCAACGAGCUCCGUGUGGACCUGGUGGACUUUGAGGGUAACUACCAGUUUGCCAAGUACGCGUCCUUCAAGGUGGAGGGCGAGACGGAGAAGUACAAGCUGGUCCUGGGAGCCUUCGUGGAGGGCACUGCAGGUGAUUCUCUGACAUCCCACAACAACUACCCUUUCUCCACCAAAGACCAAGACAAUGAUGGCUAUGAUCAAAGUUGUGCUCAGGUGUACCAGGGAGCCUGGUGGUAUGCCUCUUGUCACCAGUCAAACCUGAAUGCUCGCUACCUCGGGGGGUCCCACAGCAGCUUUGCAAAUGGCAUCAACUGGAAUUCAGGGAAAGGCUACUCCUACAGCUACAAGGUGUCUGAGAUGAAGUUGCGGCCCACCUAG